AUGUCGAUGCAGGGAAACGGCCGUCGAUUCGUCCUCAAGGCUCCGAGAAACGAACAAUAUUUGACCAAGGAAAGCUUUGAUGUUGGCGGUCCGGCUCCGAGAGAGAACAAAGAUACGGAAACACAAUUGUGUUGGCCCAGGCCUCCGGUUACCUCAACUUCUUUACCAACCAACAAUGUCAAUGAGUGA